AUGAAGACUGUUAAUGAUGCUUGUACUGUAGUUCCAACUGAGACUGACAUCCUGCAGACAGGGAAAGACAAAUGGGAACCUCCUCCUAACAAUAGAGUGAAGCUCAAUUUUGAUGGUGCUGCUGGUACCAAAGGUUAUGCCAGUAGUGCCGUGGCGAGGGAUAGUGAACCAGGUUUUAAAGGAUGCCAAAGUAAAGUUUUCAGCUUUACUUCUGCAGUUGAAGUUGAGGCUCAUGGUGCUAAUCUUGCAGUGAAUCUGGCAAUCAGGAAAGGUUUGAAGGAUAUCAUCAUCGAAAGAGAUUCUCUCAUAGUCAUUAACUCUUUUAAGUACAUGCAUUAUCAAUAUCCUUGGCGCAUUCAUAACUCCAUCACAAGAAUAAGGGAUAAUCUGUAUAACUUCAACACGGUGGAAUUCCAGCUCAUCCAUAACAAAGCCAACAAUGUGGCUCAUCAGCUUGUAGCUUAUGUUGUAACUAACCAAUCCUCUGGAUUAUGGUUAACUUCUCCUCCCCCUUGUAUCUCUCAGCUCAUUGAGACUGAGGCUACCUUUUCUGUUUAG